UCCCUCCAAAUAAUCAAAGCCAGAAAAGGGCUCGUCUUCAAAAUCGAGAAAGGUCCAAACAAGUGGAGAAAAAGCUUCAAUGGCGUCAACCUCUGCUCCUCGCAACAGCGCGGCCUGUGGAAGAAUUGCGUCAGCGGCUUCGACACUUUCCUCCGACAAUCAGACUCUCAUCGCUGAAAUUAGAAGAGCUACAAUUAUGAUGAAAGAAACCGCUGUCUGUUUUGAGGAGGAUAACAAUUCCGAUCGGGUGAAGGAGCUUGAAGCUGGUGUUCUUGAAUUAGUGAAAGCCUCAGAUGAUUGCAGUCAUCUUUCCAAUGCUAUCCAAUCUAUUGGAAAUGAAUACCAGCCUGGAGCUGAGCUAACCAACUUCAAUAAGCUGAUUGAGGAUAGAAUCGAAAGAUUAAGCGCUGGUUCAUCAUCUGUAUCACAGAACCAUCCAUGGUUAAGACAGUUCCGUGAAGCUGUGUGGAAUGUUCAUCAUGCGGGACAACCUAUGCCAGGUGAAGAGCAGGAGGACAUAGUAAUGACCAGCACAGACAGCAAUCUUCUGAAUAUUACAUGUCCUCUGUCUGGAAAGCCUGUCACUGAACUAGCGGAACCUGUCCGAAGCAUGGAUUGCAAGCACAUAUAUGAGAAGAAGCCUAUAAUGCAACAUAUAAGGUCCAAGAAUUCACACGGUCGUUGUCCUGUGACAGGUUGCCCUAAAACCUUACAGGCAGAAAGAGUGGUGUGCGACCCACUAUUGCUGAUAGAAAUAGAUGAAUUGCGCUCGAUGAGUAAACAACGCGCCAGAGCUGAUGUCAUUGAAGAUUUUACUCAGCUUAGCUGAAGAAGAUUAGUUGAUGAGAUUAUUACACAAUUGCUGUUUAUGUAAGCUGCUUGUUUCCGGAGAGGUAUUAUGUUAUUAUUUCUCCUCCAUCUUUGACCAAGAAGGAGAUUUCCCAUUAUCUACAUGCCAUAACCAUCAAAAUUAACUUUUGUUUUUUAACUAAUAUUUUGUGUGUAGUAGUUGACUAAAUUGCAAAAA